CUUUCCUGUCCGUUCUUUACAUACGUCCCCCAUGUUAUGAAAUUCACGGGGGUAAUGUGAAUGUAUUCAACUCUAGGAAAAACAUUCCAGACAGAACUGCCUUAGGCAAUGGCCUCCCCUUCACCCCACGACCGGAGUCAUCGCCCCAGCGAGGACCAGGAUGAGGAGGACCCAGUGGACCAGAUGAUCAGCAGGACAGGAUGUGGGGAGCUGCACUACGCCGUACAGGAGUGUAUGGCCGAGCACCAGGACUGGAGGAAGUGUCAGACUCAGGUCCAGACCUUUAAAGAAUGUAUGAUGACCUUCCAGAAGGCCCGGAAGGAACAGCUGAGGAAGCAGAGGUCGUCUACAGAGUCGGCCUAGAAGAGCAUCGGGUGGUUUGGGUGUUUUCUUAUCUGGACUGAUAACUGAGAUAUCAACGUUUUAGUUUCGCCGCUGACAUUAUAAUUGGUUAACGUGUCUAAAACAAAUGGUGGAUCGCAACUGAGAUUUUUUGGGCUACAGCCCAAGACUGGAUCCGUGCUGACUGGGUCCCGUGCUGAC